AUGAAAAAUUGGGAGAAAUUCCUGGUGUCACCAAUAUUGUUAAUUGUGGGUGUGGUAAAUUGUUGUGUGGCCGAGUACACUCCAGACUGGACUAGUCUGGAUAAGCGUCCCAUUCCUGAAUGGUUUGAUGAGGCCAAAAUCGGGAUCUUCGUCCAUUGGGGGGUCUUCAGCGUGCCAGGAUUUUCAAGCGAAGUUUUCUGGGAAACUUGGAAAUCUGGUAAAUGUGUUUCUUGCAAUGAAUUCAUGGCUCACAAUUACAAACCGGGAUUCACCUAUCAGGAAUUUGGUCCCAAGUUUAAGGCAGAAUUUUUCAAUCCGACAGAUUGGGCGGAAUUGUUUGAAAGGGCGGGAGCCAAGUAUGUCGUUUUGACAAGUAAACAUUGCGACGGUUACGCCCUCUGGCCUUCAAAAUACUCUGCCAAUUGGAACGCUAUGGAUACCGGGCCUAAGCGAGAUCUCGUUGGCGAUCUUGCCGAAGCCAUCAGGAACACGACGUCCCUUCGAUUUGGCCUUUACUACUGCAUGAUUGAGUGGUUUCAUCCUUCGUGGAUUGACGACAAGGCGAACGGGUUGAAAACGGAUGGCUUCGUUGAAGCUAAAGUAGCUCCGAGUCUGCGUGAAAUUGUAGAGAAAUAUGCUCCAGACAUCGUUUGGCCGGAUGGGGAAUGGGAAGCUUCCUCGACAUAUUGGAAAUCUCGGGAAUUUCUUACUUGGUUAUUUAACGAGAGCAGAGUCAAGGAUAAGGUGGUUAUCAAUGAUCGCUGGGGUAAUGACACGAGGGGGAAGCAUGGAGGAUUUUGGACAGGUGGGGAUCGCCUGAAUCCAGGAUAUUUGCUACCGCACAAGUGGGAAAAUUGCAUGACACUGGACAAGCAUUCGUGGGGAUAUCGAAGAAACGCGGAUAUCGGAGAUUACUUAACCCCACGAGAAUUACUGACCACUUUGGUCGAAACUGUGGCAUGUGGGGGCAAUCUCCUCGUCAACGUGGGACCAACGAAGGACGGAAUGAUCGACCCAAUCCAACAAGAACGCCUCCUUCAAAUGGGGGAGUGGCUAGGAGUGAACGGUGACGCCGUGUAUGGCACCGUGCCAUGGACGAAAAGUCAGAAUGACACCGUCACUAAAGGAGUUUGGUAA